GCCCUCCUUGGAGCUUGCCCCCCCCCACCGCACUCACGCCACAGGACUCGAGGCAGAAGCACUGCAUCCCCACUGGAGAAGGAGGGAGGCUGUUCCCUGGGUAUCCUCACAGCAUCAUGACCCUCGAGGCUGACUUUAAUGCUGCUGCAGAAGAUGUAAAAAAAAUAAAAACAAGGCCAACUGAUGAAGAACUGAAGGAGAUAUAUGGAUUAUACAAACAAGCUACUGUUGGAGAUAUUAAUAUUGAAUGUCCAGGAAUGCUAGAUUUGAAAGCCAAAGCCAAGUGGGAGGCAUGGAACCUGAAAGAAGGUUUAUCAAAGGAGGAUGCCAUGAAAGCCUAUAUUUCUAAAGUAAAAGAAAUGGUAGAAAAAUACGGGAUCUAGAAUAAACAAAAUAAUUCCCACUAACAACUAACCCUUCAGUAGCUAAUGAACUAAUGCUGUUGAGAAAAAUGCAACACUAACUCCUUAACUGCUUAUUGUGUACUCUAACAGUAAAAUCUUUUAAUCAUAAGCUGGUUGACUGUAAAGGGUAUUUGCAUACCCACUCUAUAUUUUAGAUUGUAUCUUAUUCUAAAUAAACCUAAUAAAUUAAGCUUCCUGUAAGAA